AUGUCGUUCCUCAAAAAGGCUCAGCAGCACGUGGCGCACACCUCCAAGCUGCCCGCGCUCGGCAACCAGGACCUCAGGCAGCUCCAGGACAUCAUCAUCUCCGAAAAGAACUUCAUCCAGUCCAACACCAAGGCCGCCGCCGAUUUCAAGAAGAAUGCAGAAGCCAUCAAGGCGUGGUCUGCAGAAGAGGGCCCCGACCUCAACGACGUCGUGGGCAAACUAUCGCUGCUCUACGACCACUACACCGCCUCGCAGAACCGGCUCAACUCGCACCUCACCACCGUUCGCCUCCACUUCAAAUCCAUCCGCACGCGCGAGGAGGCGCUCUCGGACCUCAAGGCGCGCAAGCGCUCGCUCGGCUCCGACAUCGAGAAGAUCGAAAAGAAGCUCGCCAAGAUGGGGCCCGAGAACAAGGACCUCAUGCGCACCACCGCAUCGCUCAAGGAGAUGCGCACCGAGAUGGACGGCAUGCAUGUCGAAGUCACGAACGAGGAGGCCGCCAUCGGCGACUUUAAGCGACGCACCAUCCGCGAGUCGCUCGGCAUCAAGUCGGGCGCGCUGCUCGAGAUGGCGGAGAAACUCACCAUCAUCGCAGAGAUCUCCAAACUCAUGCUCGACGAGAUCCCGCUCCACCCCACACAGCCCGGCUUGCCGCGUGCAGAGUACUACGGAUUCGCAAAGACCGAGUCGCUCCUCCAGGAGGCCACGCGCUGCAUCGCCGACGUCGGCUUCAAUCCCUCGGGUCCCUCGGCUGGCAUCCCGCGCUUUGGCGACAUGACGCUCGCCGAUUCUACCGCUAAUGCUUCGCGCUCCUACGCCAACCAGGACGCCGACAGCUUCAACAACCCGCACGCGCAGGGCGUCGGCGCCGACGCCAGCGUCGACCACGGAUACACGCCCGUCGACAACCGCGUGCUUGGAGGCGACGAUGUGGCACGAACGCCCAUCUAUGCCGCGCAUGCGUCGCGCUCGCAGUGGGCACAGGAGGGCGCCGCACCUGAACACUCCACGCCGGACCAAGCUACUAAUGAGUGGGCACAGACGAGCUACGAUCGUGCCGACCAGUCGACCGCCUCGGCGGCUGCGGCGGCGGCCAUGGCUGCCACGGCUGGCGCUGACCUGAACGCGGUUCCCGGCCACAGCGAUCCCAACGUGCAGGAUGGCGGAUUCCUCAUGCAGACCAGCCAGUCGUACGGCUCCGGUCCGGGCGCGCAGCAGUACGGCUCGAACCGCAACAGCGCCGACUACCAGAGUGCGCAGGGCGGGCAUGUGGACAAUGCUGCUGCACGCGCCACCUCGACCGAGGGUCACCAUUCGGAUGCCUACGAUGGCUAUUCCGCUGCCCCCAACGCUGCUGCAUCGGAGGGCAAUGCGACUGCGAUGCUGGGCGCACCCGUUCUCCCGCCCGUGCGCACUGCAACGCCGCUCAACGGAUCCAAAGCCAACGCGCAGCCUGUAGCGUCGCCCACGACGUACACGGACGACUCUGCGUACUUCCAGUCGAUCGGCAGCACGCGCGCGAUGCAGGAGGCGGUGCGUCGGCCCACGUCGCCUCCCGCCCAGGCGCGCAUGUCGUCCUACGGCGCACUCUCGCAGCCCAUGGGCGGCAGCGCCAGUACCGAGGGCAAGAAGGUCACGGCGGCUGCAUUCCGUCGCGGCUUUUCGCGCAAUCCCUCGGCGCAAGCCAACAUGGUGGACGAGCAGUAUGCCAACCCAUUGCCGCAGCCACCUAGUCUCAACGCUCCCAUGGUACCCGGCGCCUACGUGGGUACUACGCCCGACAACGAAGCGGUUCAGCCGUUGCAUAUUCAGAAGCGGAACUCGAAUUCGCACCAGCCUGCAGCAAGUGCCCUGGGCGCAGCGGCUGCAGCGGGUUCGCCCGCGGGGAUGCAGGGUAGGAGAUACAGCAACGAUCUCAACGUGAGUGGAAGCGAGAAUCCCGCCCCACCGUACUUGAACGAUGCCCAUCCCCACCAGCACCAGCAAGCAUACCCGCAACAGGUGCAGAGACAGCAUUCGUCCCAGUACGCCGAAUACGCCGCUCCUCCCCCACCUGGCUACGGCUAUGCCUGA